UCACAUCAUGAUUGGUCUGCUUAAUAUCGGCCUUGGUACCAUCUUGGGCCUGACAUUCACAUCUACUUGGAUUGUGAUUACCAAUGUCCCUUUCUGGAUGGGACCUCUGUUGAUUGUAUUCGGGAUCGUGUGCCUUCUGUCUGAGAAGUAUCCGAGUCCAUGCCUGGUUGUCCUCGAUUUGAUUUUCAACAUUGCUGGAGCUGCUAUGGCCAUUGCUGCCAUUGUGCUCUACGGCAUAUAUGAGGGAUAUCUUCAUGUUUCAUAUUCCUGUGAGGAAAUCGACUACGACUACAACUACCAGCGAAAUGUAGCCACAGCAUCAAGUCCAGGCUCUGAAUACAUCAAGCAAAGAUGCCUUGAGAAUACAGCUCUGUUCACAAUGCUGAUUAGAGGCAUGGGUGGCAUCCUGAUCGUCCUGUCGGUCGUGGAGGUUUGUGUCGCCAUCAGCGCCGCUUUGUUGGAGCUUGAAACUCUGAGUUGCAGCAGAGAGAAGCAGGAGAAGGCCUCAGGUGACCCAGAGCUUUACAAGCCGCUGCUGGAGGAAGUCACCAACUCGCCUGCAGCCUGAACAUCUUCAGCUUUAAUCCAGCAGCUCUGGUCUCCGAUGGGAUUAAAAGCCGCAUCAGUUAUUCAAUAACAGUUUUAAACAUGUAGCAUUUUUUCUCCGAGUAAUGCCUUUCUAUUGCCUUCUGUA